GAUUCUUUAAUCAUCAGUUGGGCGAGGUCACCUGCACAACAACGUCACCCUUUCGCCGAAACUACCUGAUGCUGCUUAUUUCCGCAACUGGAGGUUUGAGUCAUUUUGAAGUCUCGCCGUGAGCGCCGCAAGACACUUCUUUUCGAGUGGAACCAAACAGGAUUAUUUAUUGGAAUUUUCUUUUAAAAAGGGAUUUUAAUCUGAUGGAGGGUUGUUGGUGCGUGCGCUUUGGAGCUUUUCUUCUCGUUUUCCAGGCACUAUCGUGUGUAACUGCGGAGGAGUCAUCAUGCGCACCUGGCUUUGAAUCAGAACUCUAUGUAUUCAAAGUCGAUAGAGUUCAUCUUCACAUUGGUCGGAGGCUUGGUAAAGUGGUUUUCGAUGACUGCACCGGCCGCAAGCGAAUUGUGUUGGAUUCGGCAGACAGCCGUUUUAAAGUGGAUACGGAUGGAACGGUCAAGCUGAAGAGGCAAUUGACCCUGCAUGAUGGACACAAGAGGUUUUCAGUGCACGGGUGGGACUCCCAAGGCAGGAAGUACACAGUUGCGGUUCGUGUGGAGCUCAACCGGCCGAAGCACCACCAGCAGCACCAGCACGACCACCACCACCAGCACGACCACCACCACCAGCACGACCACCACCAGGUGGACUUGCAGCAGGCGGAUUUGCACCAGCCCGAUGCGACUGAAGCAGUUCCAACUUUGCCAGUCCUGGUGUUUCCAAAGUCACAUGGUGGUCUAAGGAGGAGGAAGAGGGAUUGGAUUAUCCCUCCCAUCAACUUUCCUGAAAACUCCAGAGGCCCUUUUCCAAAACAGAUGGUGCAGAUUAAAACCAGCCAUGCUAAGGAGCUGAAGAUCGUCUACAGUAUUACUGGUUCAGGGGCAGACCAAGCCCCUGUUGGCCUUUUUACAAUUGACCGUGAAACUGGAUGGCUUUACGUCACUCAGCCCCUGGACAGAGAAAAACAGCCUUCCUAUUUGCUUCUUGCCCAUGCAGUAUCAGUUGGUGGUACUACAGCUGAGGACCCCAUGGAAAUCAGAGUAAUUGUAAUUGAUCAAAAUGAUAACAGGCCUACCUUUGUGAAAGAUCCUUUCCUGGGAAAUGUUGCAGAAGCAUCAAAAAUAGGCACUGAGUUCAUGGCUGUUAAUGCCACUGAUGCUGAUGAGCCUGGAAAUGCAAACGCCAUCAUUAGAUACAAACUUCUGGGUCAAGUUCCACCAUUGCCACGAGCGGAUAUGUUCGCCAUCAAUCCUAUAACAGGAAAAAUCAGGGUGAACGGCGAUGGGCUGGAUAAAGAGAAAAUUGCUGAGUACACUUUGGAAAUUCAAGCAGCUGACAAUGAAGGAAUGGGUCUAAUAGCCAAUUGCAAAGCAAUAAUUACCGUAUCUGACAGCAAUGACAAUGCUCCAGUGUUUAAACCAGAUCAGUACACAGUGACCGUCCCUGAGAACAAAGCGGGGGAAGUGGUAGUGAAGAUGCCUGUAACGGAUGCCGAUGAUCCCAACACCCCUGCGUCAGCAGCCAAAUUCAAGAUCAUAAGUGGGGACCCUGCGGGGAUGUUCAGUGUUGAGACAGGCCCCAACAAACAGGAGGGCAUCAUCAAGACAGCCAAGCCUCUGGACUUUGAAGCAGUGUCCAAGUACACGCUGGUGGUAGCAGUGGAGAACGAAAUCCCGUUUGCAGUUUCUCUGCCAACAGCCACUGCUCAGGUGGUGGUGAAUGUUGGGGAUGUCAAUGAGGCUCCCAUCUUCAGUCCAGCGGAGAAGACUAUUUCUACGCCUGAAAAUGUACAAGUUGGCACGCCAUUAGUGGAAUACACAGCCAGAGAUCCUGACACCGCCAGGAAGCAGAAAGUGACGUACAAAGUAGGCAGUGAUCCAGCUGAUUGGCUCAGUGUCGAUAAAGACACAGGAAUAAUUAAAGUGAAGACUGAAAUGGACCGAGAAUCUAACUUUGUCAAAGAUGGCCUGUACAAAGCCAUAGUUCUGGCUAUGGAUGAUGAUAUAGUCCCUGCGACCGGUACUGGAACACUCCUGAUUAACUUGCAGGACGUGAACGACAACCCUCCAGCAGUGGUGGAGAGGCUGAUUAAUGUGUGCAAUGACGAGCCGCCUCCCAUACAGCUUGCAGUCACGGAUAAAGACGAUGAAACGAACGGUCCUCCUUUCGGAGUACAGAUGACUGGGGAAUCAGCCAAAAACUGGACAGCUCAGAUGAACGCCACAAAUACUGGCAUUGUACUCCGUAUGAAAACCAAGUUACCAGAAGCAAAAUACAGCAUCAGGCUGAAUGUUCGUGACAACCAUGGCUUGAGCCAAGUGAGCAUUGUAGAAGCCCAAGUAUGCAACUGCAAGGGAGCUGACUUUGCCUGCACAGACAGGGACAUCGGUGCAGCAGGAUUCGGGCUUCCUGUCAUCCUGGGAAUCUUGGGAGGUGUCCUGGCCCUACUCUUGUUGGUCCUGCUUCUGCUCAUGUUCAUGAGGAGGAGGAGCAACGUGAAGAAGGACCCGCUCCUGCCAGAGGACGACAUCAGGGACAACAUCUACUACUACGAUGAGGAAGGCGGAGGAGAAGACGACCAGGAUUAUGACUUGAGUGUGCUACACAGAGGCCUUGAUAACCGGCCAGAAGUAUUCAGGAAUGACGUGAUUCCCACCUUCAUGCCCGCACCACAGUAUCGCCCGCGUCCUGCCAACCCUGAAGAUAUCGGGAACUUUAUUGAUGAUAAUCUGAAGGCAGCUGACAACGAUCCCACGGCACCACCGUACGACUCGCUGCUGGUGUUUGACUAUGAGGGCGCAGGUUCCGAGGCCGGCUCCCUCAGCUCCCUCAACUCCUCCAGCUCUGGAGACGACCAGGACUACAACUGCCUCAACGAGUGGGGCCCGCGCUUCAAAAAGCUGGCCGACAUGUAUGGAGGAGGAGAGGAUGACUGAGUGGACUCACUCUUUUAAUGGAAACAGACCUAAACCUAAACCGCCUCGUUCUAAACCAAAGCCACUCCUGCGUGCUGGUGUUCAUUUGCAGCAACAAAGAUGUUUGCUUUGUUUUGUUUUUCUCUGAUGGUGGGUUUUAUCUUGAAGGUUACAUGCUUUCUUGCAUUUUAAAUAAUGACUGUAAAGCAAGGGCGUUUUAGCACUGAUGGCCAUUUGAAUUGAAAGGCACUGAGUGGAAUUGGGCAUUGAGCGGAAUUGCUCUUCAGAUGGUAUACAGCCUGACACAUGUCGGUUAAAUGUUUUGUAUCACUUUUGUUUGUUCAGGUUUUUUUCCCCUUGUUGUAAACCGUUUUUUACCAGAAUUUAAUCACUCAGUCUGUUGAGGUUUUAAAGAAAGGGUAUUUUUUUUAAAUCAGUUUUCUAUUUGUCAAGUCUUUUUAUGUUGCUCAUUACCCUCCUUUACCCCCUGAUUGUUUUUAAUGAUGCUGUAAUGCUUCUUUGAGGCUUGUGCUUUUUAUGAACUGUGAUGGAUUACAGAUUCAAGGUGACAAUGUAAAUAUUUUAUUAAAUAAAAUUCUCACACCUAGACCUCA